AUGUCGUUUCUAAAUGGCACCAGCCUAAGUCCAGCUUCAUUCAUCCUAAAUGGCAUCCCUGGUCUGGAAGAAGUUCAUCUGUGGAUCUCCUUCCCGCUGUGUACCAUGUACAGCAUUGCUAUCACAGGGAACUUUGGCCUUAUCUACCUCAUCUACUCUGAAGAGGCCUUACACAGACCUAUGUAUGUCUUCCUAGGCCUUCUUUCCUUCACGGACGUGCUCAUGUGCACCAGCACCCUGCCCAACACCCUCUGCAUAUUGUGGUUCAACCUCAAGGAGAUCGAUUUCAAAGCCUGCCUAACCCAGAUGUUCUUUGUGCACACCUUCACAGGGAUGGAGUCUGGGGUGCUCAUGCUCAUGGCCCUGGACCGCUAUGUGGCCAUCUGCUACCCACUGCGCUACGCCACUGUCCUCACUAAUUCAGUCAUUGCCAAGGCUGGGCUCCUCACUUUCCUUCGAGGUGUGAUGCUUGUUAUCCCUUUCACUUUCCUCACCAAGCGCUUGCCAUACUGCAGGGGCAAUGUCAUCCCACACACCUACUGUGACCACAUGUCCGUGGCCAAAAUAUCCUGUGGUAAUGUUAAAGUCAAUGCAAUCUAUGGUUUGAUGGUUGCCCUCCUGAUUGGGGGCUUUGAUAUCUUGUGCAUCACCGUCUCCUACACCAUGAUCCUCCGAGCAGUGGUCAGUCUCUCCUCAGCAGAUGCUCGACAGAAGGCCUUCAGCACCUGCACUGCCCACAUCUGUGCCAUCGUCAUCACCUAUGUCCCAGCCUUCUUUACCUUUUUCACACACCGUUUUGGGGGACACACCAUUCCUUCCCAUAUACACAUUAUUAUGGCUAAUCUUUAUUUACUCAUGCCUCCCACAAUGAAUCCUAUUGUGUAUGGGGUGAAAACCAAGCAGAUACGAGAAAGUGUCGGUAGGUUCUUGCUUAAGGCAAAGGACAAUUCUUUUUGUAACAUUUAA